CUUUCAAGUGAAAAGAUCUUCAAAAAAAGAAGAGUAAAAAUAAUGAAAGUUUGUGUAAUCGGAGCUGGUGCAGCGGGUCUCUGUGCAAUAAAGCAUACGAUUAAUUAUGGUUUAGAAGUUACAGCAUAUGAGCAAGCAAAAGAAAUAGGUGGAACAUGGGUGUACACUGAUGAUAUUGGAAAAGAUAAAUAUGGUUUGGACGUUCAUUCAAGCAUGUAUCAAGGAUUAAAUACAAAUUUGCCGAAAGAAAUAAUGCAUUAUCCUGACUAUCCGUUUCCAGAACAAGAAAAUUCCUAUUUGAGUGCUGAGGAAGUUUUAAAGUACUAUCAAUCGUAUGCCGAUAGCUUUAAUUUAAGGAAUUAUAUAAAAUUUGAGCAUCAUGUUGUGCGUGUUCGCCCAUUACUUAAUGAUACUUGGGAAGUAAUUGUUAGAGAUCUAAGACGCAAUACAUACGAAACUGUUAAUUAUGAUGCCAUUCUUGUGUGUAAUGGCCAUUAUAAUACACCAUUCAUUCCGGAUUAUGAAGGACGAAACAUUUUCGAAGGAAAGCAAAUUCAUUCGCAUGAUUAUCGAUGCGGUGACCCUUAUACUAAUGAAUCUGUCUUAAUAAUAGGAAAUGGGCCAUCGGGUCGUGAUGCUCUUCUUGAUAUUCAGAAUGUUGCUGCGAAUGUCACAUGGUCACAUCAUUGGGAAAAUGGGUCUCUUAUCAAUCAUUUGCGUAAUAGUGUCACACAAAAACCUGACGUAUUAAAAUUUAACAAAGACGGUGCGUUUUUUAUCGAUGGAUCUUAUCAAAAAUUUUCUGUUAUUCUUUACUGCACAGGCUAUCGUUAUACAUUUCCUUUCUUAUCAGUUGAUUGUGGUUUGAUGGUUAAUGAUAAUUGCAUUGAACCUCUUUAUAAACAUUGCAUUAAUAUUAAUAGACCAACAUUGGCUAUUAUUGGUCUCCCAAAUUUUGUAUGUCCCAAUCAGUUAUUUGAUAUCCAGACUCGUUUCUGUCUUACAUUCAUAUCAAGAAAACAAAAAUUUCCAAAAAAGGAAGAAAUGUUACGGGAUUUAGAAAACGAUAUAAAAGUUCAGCUAAUAGAGCGAGGCUUCCCUAAAAGAAAAUUUCAUCUCUUAGGGGUUGGUCAUCAAGAAAAGUAUUAUGAUUCUUUAUCUGAAAUAACUAACAUUGAUCCAAUUGAACCAGUCAUAACAAUGAUGUUUGAAAAAAGCAUGUCUAAUUUAGUUCAAGAUUUCGUAAAUUUCCAGUUAAAAGGUACUAUGAAUAAUAGAAAUCCGAAAGUUAGGAGACGUGAAUAUACAACAGAUGUUCAUAGCAACUUUGAAUACAAUGCUGAUCAAAAUACAAAUAACUUUAAUGAAGUGAACCGUGUUAAGUUUCAAAAUAAUGAAGCAGAUAUAAUAUUGGAUCGAAAGAUUAACUAUUUUUACACUCCUGGUCGUUGUGGUGGUGAUGCUUUUUCAGCGAGUUUGUUAAUGUCUUCAGAUUAUUGGCAUAGUAUCACUGUUCAUCAUCAAGGUCUUUUUACAAAAGGAGAAAUAGCAGCUGGAUUAGAAGAAAUGGUUGAAAACAAAUAUUUUAUCCCUAUUGCAUACAUUUCGGGAAUAAAUGAGGAUACAUUCUAUAUUUACAAUCAAUCUAGUGCAUUGCAAAAUAUGAUAAAGAAAAAUCUUGAAACAGUUGUUACCAACAAGUCUUUGAGAUUUACAUUGAAAUUGGGAGUAGGAUGCUACGUAAAAGGACAGUUAAAUCCUAUCGAAAAAAUUGAUCUUGCAAUUGCAGACGUUAUUAGUAAAUACCGAGAGCUGCGAUUAGAUUUUAGUUAUUUUGAUAAGCACCGUGCGUUCGUUGAUAUGCAAUUCUCUCUGAAAAAUCAUGGAUGUUUUAACAUUUUUUGCGACCGAUUGCUGUACGCGCUACAAAUUGAUAUGAAUAGGAAUGUUCUAGCAAACAUAAGGAUUUUAGUACUUGUUGGAAAUAAGAUUAAAUAUCUACAACCUUUGUCCAAACUUACGAAAUGUAGAAGCUUACAAAACAUAAGUCUUAAAAAUAAUUUGAUUGAAUCUAUAGAGGAGUUAGAAGCUCUUAAAAUUUUGAAUCUUAAAGCAUUAAGUGUUGCUGGGAAUUUAAUCAUGGCGAAUAAUGAAAGUAUUCUUGCAAAUAAAAUAAUGAAAAUUUUACCGUCGCUCGAAAAGCUAGAUAUCAAAAGAAAACAUGAGGUUCUAGAUACACCAAUUGUCGAAAAUAUUAUUACUCCUAGUAAAUCUUCUGAAGAUGUCGUAAAAUCAAUUGACAUAGAUGAAAAUUUCAAAAAUGAAUUUCCAAGAAGAGAAUUUAUUAAAGCCUUUUGGAGUAAAAUUGUUAUUGAACAUAAUGGAAGAUUCAAAAGUAAGGUAAUUUUAGAUGAAAUGUUUGAAGCCUUUUUUCAAGAUGUACCGUGCUACAUUUGCUACUAUAAAACAGGAGAAUUAGAAGAUUCAUUUAUGCUUUAUAUGAAUUUUUCUCCAAUGAACAUACUCGUAGUAAAUGAUUUAAAAAUGAAAAUGAAGGGAACAAAUGAAUUUGUUACAUUUAGACUACAUUUAAAAUGUUCUACUUUUACUAAGGGAGAAUUAAAAUGGAGUGAAUUAAUUGGAAAAGUCGUUAACAAACGGAUUAGUGCAGCAAAAUUGGACCUGAGUAAUUUUUGCAAUGACCCAGAUUUUAAGGAACUAAUUUUCAAUUUAAAAGCUGCUGAUGUAAAAAAACAUAUUUUGCAGUGUGCCUUAAAUAUAAAUCCUAAAAUUAUUGAAAUCAAUUUAAGCAAUAAUGAUUUGAAUUCAUUUAAAGGACUCGGUAUAAUUAAAUCUUUCCCAGAAUUAAUUUCCCUAAACUUGUCUCAAAAUAAUAUUGAAUCAUUAUUUAGAUUCCCAGAAAAUCUUAAAAUUGUAGAGCUAAUUGUAGAUCAAAAUCCUUUAUGUGAAAAAUUUAAAACCCCAAUAUCAACAACAUACGAGUAUGUAAAGGUUUUUAAUGCUCUAUGUCCACAACUACAAUACAUUGAUGGACGAAAAAUUGAUCAAAGUUUCAAAAUGAUUAACAUGCAAAAUUAUUAUACAACAUCAAAUGCACAUAAUACAGUAGAAAGCUUUUUAAGCUACUUCUACAAAAACUUCGACAAUAAUUAUAAUCGUAUGAUAUUAUGUGAUGUCCUGUAUAAAUCAGAUUCGAUUUUAACAAUAAAAUGUGAAAAUGACAAAACACUCGUAAAAAUUGGAAAGGAGGAUAUAAAAAGAUUCUAUCAAGAAUUUACAAUUACAGAGCAUGACUUUAUAACAAUGACAGUUGAUACACCAUUAUUUAAUAAUCAAAACAUCCUAAUAAGUGUGAAUGGAGUUUUUAAGCAAAAAAAAUUUCAAUCAAUGAACGAAGAGGACAAUAUAUUUACAUUUUCACGGACAUUCCUGCUAAGGAUGGAAAAGCGUAAUAAUGGAAGAAAAUCUCGAACUCCCGGAACUCUUUCUGAAACAUACAACUAUGAGAUACAAAAUGAAAUGUUCAAUUAUGCAGUUUUAAAUGAUAGCAGAAUCAAAAUAAAAGCAUUUAAGAAGAAACCAGCUACUGAAGAAGAAAUCGAACUAGUAUUUGAUAACAAAAUCACGAUGAAAAACGAAUUCACUGCUAAUAUGGAAUUAUUUCGACAAACAACAUUGUUAUCUGAAAAAUGGUGCUUAAGAAUUUUGGAAGAUGCCAAUGGUGACUUUACAACUGCUUUAAAUUAUUUUCUUGAAAUGUAUAAAAUUCAGUUUUUCAAAAAAGAAGACUUCAAUUUUUGAAAUUGUUUUUAUAAUUAAAUCAGCUUUUUAAUAAUUUUGAACGUUGUAAUAAAUAGUUUUAAGAUUUAAA